UAUUACCGAGGAAGAAAAGCUGCGGAGUUAAACAACCGACGGCUUAAAACUGUAAACAUUAAGAGCCUGGCUGACUAAUGUCUGUAGUUGGGAUGGAACUCUAAGGUUAACUUGAAAGUAUAGGACCGAACAUUGUUCUUCAGUGCAUGGAUGCAAAGCCAAUGCGCAGGGCCACCAGCGCACGUCAGGACGCCACUGGAAUGGACAUCACCAGCCGCUGUACUCUGGGGGACCCCAACAAGCUCCCUGAAGGGGUCCCCCAGCCUGCACGCAUGCCCUACGUCUCAGACAAACACCCGAGGCAGACCCUGGAGGUGAUCAACCUGCUGAGAAAACACCGGGAGCUCUGUGACGUGGUGCUGGUGGUGGGUGCCAAGAAGAUCUACGCGCACCGUGUGAUCCUCUCUGCCUGCAGCCCCUAUUUCAGGGCCAUGUUUACUGGAGAGCUGGCAGAGAGCAGGCAGACGGAAGUGGUUAUUCGUGACAUUGAUGAGAGAGCCAUGGAGCUGCUGAUUGACUUUGCUUAUACAUCACAGGUGACUGUAGAGGAGGGGAAUGUCCAGACGCUGCUCCCUGCAGCCUGCCUCCUCCAGCUUGCUGAGAUCCAGGAGGCAUGCUGCGAGUUCCUUAAGAGGCAGCUGGAUCCAUCUAACUGCCUGGGCAUCAGGGCCUUUGCUGACACACACUCCUGCCGCGAGCUGCUCCGCAUUGCAGAUAAGUUCACCCAGCACAAUUUUCAGGAGGUAAUGGAAAGUGAGGAGUUCAUGCUCCUGCCUGCCAACCAGCUCAUUGACAUCAUCUCCAGUGAUGAGUUGAACGUGCGGAGUGAGGAGCAGGUUUUCAAUGCCGUGAUGGCCUGGGUGAAAUACAGCAUCCAGGAGCGAAGACCUCAGCUACCCCAGGUCCUACAGCAUGUCCGCCUGCCACUCCUCAGCCCCAAGUUCCUCGUGGGCACAGUGGGUUCAGAUCCACUCAUCAAGAGUGACGAGGAGUGCAGAGACUUGGUGGAUGAGGCCAAGAAUUACCUGCUGCUACCACAGGAGAGACCGCUAAUGCAGGGUCCCAGAACCCGACCCAGGAAACCCAUCCGAUGUGGAGAGGUCCUUUUUGCAGUUGGAGGUUGGUGCAGCGGUGACGCUAUUUCCAGCGUGGAGCGCUAUGAUCCGCAGACUAAUGAGUGGCGGAUGGUAGCUUCAAUGAGUAAGCGGCGAUGUGGAGUUGGUGUCAGUGUCCUGGAUGAUCUAUUGUAUGCAGUGGGAGGUCACGAUGGCUCGUCAUAUCUCAACUCUGUGGAGAGAUACGAUCCUAAAACCAACCAGUGGAGCAGCGAUGUGGCCCCCACCAGUACUUGUCGCACCAGUGUUGGCGUCGCUGUACUUGGAGGAUAUCUGUAUGCAGUGGGAGGGCAGGAUGGAGUUUCCUGUCUCAACAUAGUUGAAAGGUAUGAUCCCAAGGAGAACAAAUGGACUCGUGUCGCAUCCAUGAGCACCAGGCGACUGGGUGUAGCUGUGGCUGUACUGGGAGGAUUUCUAUAUGCUGUAGGAGGAUCUGAUGGGACAUCUCCAUUAAACACAGUGGAGCGCUACAACCCUCAAGAGAACCGCUGGCACACAGUGUCCCCCAUGGGAACCAGAAGAAAGCACCUUGGCUGUGCGGUCUAUCAGGACAUGAUUUACUCUGUGGGAGGUAGAGACGACACCACAGAGCUAAGCAGCGCAGAGCGAUACAACCCCAGGACCAAUCAAUGGUCUCCUGUAGUGGCAAUGACGUCCAGACGGAGUGGGGUGGGCUUAGCAGUGGUUAAUGGUCAACUGAUGGCAGUUGGAGGCUUUGAUGGCACGACGUAUCUGAAAACGAUAGAAGUCUAUGACCCUGACGCCAACACAUGGAGGUUGUACGGAGGAAUGAACUACCGCCGAUUAGGUGGAGGAGUGGGCGUCAUUAAAAUGACUCACUGUGAAUCCCAUAUUUGGUAAUGCCACCACCGCCCCUCUCCUUCCACACACACUUCUCAUCAGCUGGCGCGUCUUCUGGCUGACUCUUGUGCCUCCAAAAGAGACAUUGUGAACCGGGUGGACAUGUGAGAACCACGAGGAGGACGGGGAGAUGAGAUGACAAUAGAAGGACAAACUUUUGAACUUUACUUCACCCCCAACCCUCAAAUUCAAAGUCAUUAACUGACUGACCACGGUCGCCAUGAAGUGCACUGAGAGCAGAAGUCUACCAAGUACCAUUAAGCUUCUAGUUCAGAGAGGACGAACCUUUUCAAAGUUAUUUUCCAAGCGUUGUGGUCUGGAUUUAAACCGGUGCUUACCUUUGGUCAAGAAAGCUGCUGGCAGUGAGUGUCCUCUGAAGAAGUUUAACAGCAGCCGAAAGCCUUGCUCACCUUCCUUUUGCUUUAUAUGGCAGCCCCCCCUAAACUGCUGCUGCUGACCACCCACCGCCUUCAGUAAGUUUAAAGAACAGACACCCAGUGGGCAAACAUACUUUCUCUUCAUUGUGAGAUUUCCUGGUGAUACAACAUUGCAUACUGACUGUAAGAGCUCAAACUCCCUCAUUCCGUUUGGCAUAGGCUUUGAACCGUACAGCUUUCCUCUGGGCCUCAUGUGUAGCAUUAAUCAGUAACAGUCAGGCAGCUUGCUUCUGAAGGCAUCUGCAUGUGUACUAUGGACACACAGAGGAAAACCAUACUUUGGUACUGUAGCUGUUUUUGUUGAUUGAGGUCUUUAAAGAUUUUAUUUGUUUUAUUUAGAAGAAUGUAAUUCACCCCAAGUGGACCGAGACAUCAAAAAUCAACCUCGAAUGUUACUUCAGCACUUCAAAUGAUUAGAUUUGUGCCAUGAAAGGAACUUCUUCUGUUUUUCCCAUAAUGCUCUCCAUCUUGGACUGUAUUUUCUGGUUAGAGUCGAGUCGAGCUUGUGACAGUUGUCCAGAGUAGAACAAGAACUCGUGCUGUCCAAGAUGGUAUAUUUGGAUGAGCUUGUUUUUUGGAAGUUGCCUGACAUCAAAGACUAGAACAGCUGCACAGCUAUGGACCAAACUACUGGGUCACCUACCAUAAUACCUGUAGGAGCUGCUCAGCCAUAGAGACCUAUGCUAUGCUCCUGGCGCACAAUUGUUGUGCCGAGUGUUGGUAACACACCAUGUACCUCAGCACCUGGUGACCUCACUCUGUAGCUUGAUGUGGUCUAACACUCUGAGGCUGCAGUUCCUAAAUGCUUCCAGUUUGGAAUAAGACGAUUUGCAGUUGAUUGUGGAAUAUCUGGGAGGGAAGAAACAUUAAACUGGCUUAUUGCAGUGUCAUGCUUAAAUUCAAUAAGCUCUUUAGGAAAUGUUUGUGAA